CGGACGUGUGCACAGACAGAGGGGAGACUGUCUCCUGAGCUGGAGCCUUGAAGCCAGGUUUGACAUUCAACUGAGGACCGAGAGGGGGUCCAUGGCUGUGGAGUGACACCUGAGGGAUCGAGAGCGCAAGCGAGCCGAGGGGGGGGCCUCUGCCUGUGAAGGAUGCUGAAGAAGAGCAGCCUGGUCCUCUGGGGCGUGGUGCUGUUUGUGGCCUGGAACGCCCUGCUCCUUUUCUUCCUGUGGACCCGACCCCCAGCCUUCGACAACCACAGCCACUUGACUGAGGAGGUCAUCCGGCUGGCCCAGGACGCGGAGCUAGAGCUGGAGCACCAGAAGGACCUGCUGCGGCAGAUCCACCGGUACAGUGCCCUCUGGAGCAAGAAGAGGAAGAAGGUGGAGGAGACGGGUCGGCUCCCGCUGCCCGCUGCCACCUCCGACACUGGGGCUUUGCCCGCCACGGAGGUUGUCCUGCACCGGUCCCGGGCCUCCCCGGAUGCAGUCCUGCCCGUGGUGGUGAUCGCCUGCGACCGCAGCACGGUGCGUCGGUGCCUCGACAAGCUGCUGCACUACCGGCCGUCCCGGGAGCGCUUCCCCAUCAUCGUGAGCCAGGACUGUGGGCACGAGGAGACGGCCCAGGUCAUUGCCUCCUACGGCGACGCCGUCAUGCACAUCAAGCAGCCGGACCUGAGCGACAUCCCAGUGCCCACAGACCACCGCAAGUUCCAGGGCUACUACAAGAUCGCCCGACACUACCGCUGGGCCCUGAGCCAGGUUUUCCGCACCUUCCAGUACCAGGCGGCCAUUGUGGUAGAGGAUGACCUGGAAGUGGCUCCAGAUUUCUUUGAGUACUUCCAGGCCGCCUUCCCGCUCCUGCUGGCCGACCCCAGCCUCUGGUGCGUCUCGGCCUGGAAUGACAAUGGCAAGGAACAGAUGGUGGAGGCCGGCCGGCCGGAGCUGCUCUACCGUACAGACUUCUUCCCCGGCCUGGGUUGGCUGCUGCUGUCAGAGCUGUGGGAUGAGCUGGAGCCCAAGUGGCCCAGGGCCUUCUGGGAUGACUGGAUGAGGCAGCCGGAGCAGCGGCGCGGCCGCUCCUGCAUUAGGCCCGAGGUCUCCCGCACCAUGACCUUCGGCCGCAAGGGCGUGAGCCAUGGGCAGUUCUUCGACCAGUACCUGAAGUUCAUCAAGCUCAAUGACCGCUUCGUGCCUUUCACCCAGCUGGAUCUCUCCUACCUCAAGAAGGAGGAGUAUGAGCGAUUGUUCCUGCCCAAGGUCUACGACGCCCCGGAGCUGCGGGUGGAGGACCUGCAGGGCAACCAGCAUCGGGAACUGGGCACUGUCCGUGUGCAGUACAGCAGCCGCGACUCCUUCAAGGCCUUCGCCAAGGCCCUGGGUGUUAUGGAUGAUCUCAAGUCGGGGGUGCCCCGGGCCGGCUACCGUGGCAUCGUCAGCUUUCUCUACCGCGGCCGGCGGGUCUACCUGGCGCCCCCUUCUGACUGGACGGGCUAUGACCCCAGUUGGAGUUAGCACUGUCUCUCUCCGGACAUUGACCCUUGAGCAUGUUGGACCCGUAAAGAUGAUGGAGCGGGUGGGCGGGCUGUGUGUGUGGGGUGGGGACUCGGACCUUGUAUUUUUGUUUUCUGAGUGGCAUUCGAGUGCAUUCCAGGGCAAGGCGGGGUGUGUGUGUGUGUGUGUGUGUGUGUGUGUGCACUUAAUACUGGCGGGGGGCAGGAUUAUUGUGUUGCCUAGAUGUGGGGGGCAGGGGACUGGGAUAGGGCAUGCUGAGGCUUUCCCCCUUGGCCCCCCCAGUGCCUAUCCCCUUUCUGACAUUGUGAUCUCCCUCUACCAUGUCCCUGGUGGUUUCUCCAUGAUGCGUGGGUGGGGUCAGAGCCAAUGCUGAACCGAACUGACUGACCAGUGGCUUCUUUCCCAACCUCUGUGAGCUGCAGGGGAAGAACGGAGAGAGGGGGGUGACCACCUCAAUCCGGAAGGGCCUUAUGGUGAUGGCCAGGACCUGCUUAGGACCUUUGGCAGAUCCCACCUCGCCAUCCUUAGUUGGGGGCAGUGUGGGAGUGGGCAGGGGUCACUUCUGGCUAUAGAUGGGAGGAAGCAUUGGAAAUGACGGGGUGCCCUUGAUGGUCCUCGAGCCCAUUGUUAGCUGUAGGGGAGUUGUGCAAGGGCAAGGAUCUUUAUGUCCAUGAUGACCUCUUUGGUGUCUCCAUCGGAUCUUCUUUAGCAUGGCUGGAGCAUCAGAACCUUCUCGCCUUUUGACCUGUGCAGUGGUCCCCAAGCAGCCCUCUGGGUCAGGGGUGUGUGAGGAGUUGUCCUGUCUUCUCUCUAUCCAGCAACAUUGCAUCCCCCUAGUGUUCCUCUGCUUGCAGAGGACAUUCCGCCACAGUGGUCCCUUCACUUUGUCCUUCAUUGCCGUUUUUCUAUGCUGAGCGCGGAGGAAGCUUGUUACGGAGCUGGGGCUCUGCAAUCUGGCUCAUGUCACUCUCCCUGGCAAGGAAGGGAGAGACCCGAGCUUGUGGCCUGCCUUAAUCCUCAGCGGGGGCCUCCAUCCUUUCCCGGGUUGAAGUUCGGUUCAGAGUUGGCUCAGUCCCUGCCCGCUGGUGGCUGAUUCUCCUACUGCCAUGGUUGAGAGGACCAUUGAUGUAGCAAUGGAGAGAUAUCACCAUGGAGGAGAACCCCAGAAGUGCUGGGACACAAGAAAAGGAGCUCUCUGACAACAAGCCCUGCCUUAUCUAUGGGGGUAGAGCCCCCUCUCCAGUCUCUUAGAGGUGCUGCUAAGCUGGUCAAGAGCCAGUUUGGGGAGGGAGAGUUACAGUUCAGACCUCAUUUGGCCAAAACAUAGACCACACCAAAGGGUAACUUUUCCCCCUGCUGUAUUAUUUUGCUGCAUUGUCCUGUUUUUGUUUUAAAUCCCCUUGUAUCUUCCAACCUUCGGGAUGUGAGCCAGGGGAGGAGGGAGACCAAACUGCCCAUUGGCAUUCUACAUCACCCAUGAAAUUGCUUGGUGCCCUAGUGCAAGUUUGGCAAAGGAUGGGUGGGCGCAGAAGCUUCCCUGCCAUCCAGUCACUGUUGGUGAAGUCAGGUAGAGAGGAGCUCCCAUGUCAACAGUCAAGGAGGAGAUGGUCGUUCCAAGAGAGUAUUAAAGGGUCUGAAAACGUACUGUCUCCAAAGUGCCCCUUCCCUCCCAGCUCCGCUCAGCAAUACCCAGAGCGCCUGAGGCUUCCUCAGAGUCGGGGUGCUUCAGUGUGUAUGUAACUUUCCUCCCCUCCUUGGGCCAGGAUCGGGGGAAUCUAUCUGAAGGAAGAAUCUCUGGGAGAGGGAGGUCCAUUUGUAGGUAGGAUCUUCAAUGGGAUCCGGCCAGCUCUUCGGGGAGCCAUCCAGGUUGGGUCGGACCCCUGCCAUUCUCCUGGGCGGUCUCUUCCCUCACGCCUGGCCUGCGGCAAUUCAAGUGAGCCCAACCCCAUUCCAUUUGCUCUGGGCUGUGCCACCCUCACCACACGUGACUCUGAGGUAGGACUUGCUGCCCCGUGCUGCCGAGAGGCCUUAGACUCUGGUUGACUUCAAGCUGAGGAAGACAGUCCAGCGAAAGGAAGCUCCUGACUACGUAGUGGCCAAUGGAGCUCCCCUCGCAAACCCUCCCUGCUCCUGGCCGAAGCAGUGUGAGGUUCUGGUGGAGGGAGUUUUCCCUCUGUGGGUUUGCAAGAGAGUAGAUACAACCAGCUGUGGUGCUCUUACCCUCUUGGAGAAGAUCCCGUCCCCUCUCCCCUACCCCCACACACUGAGGGUGCCUGGGAAGCCAGCUGCUCUGUUCAGCCUCGGACAGAGCUGGGUCUGCACCAGGGUCGCCCAGAGGAUUCCAGGGGCUGGGGUCUUUGGCGGUAAUUCAGUGGCAGGGGCCUCCCACCGUGGGUC